GCCUACAUAUCUUUUGUACGUGAGAAAUUAGCAAAUUCAGUGACAGAAAUUGUUCUUACCAACUAUUUCUUUCAAUUGUUGCUUACUCUUCGAUUUUUCAUGUUUUUAUUAUUUUUUACCUCCACCAAGUGAAUUUUCAUUUUAUUCUGAAUAAAGUACAGUGGGUGUUUAAUAAUCAUUCUCCGGUUUUUGGGAUGUCCAAAUGCAAUGUCCAAUUGCUUGUAGUUAGAUUAGAUUCAACUGGAUAAAAGAGAACAACUGCAAUAACGACGGGUCUGGCAGUAGACACAAUAUUUAAUGUCAAAGCGUCAACCUACCAAAUUAUUUAGUGAUUAAAUAAUACUAUAUGGUGAUUGAUCAAUUAUUCCUGUUGACUUUUAUUACAACAAACCUUUCUUCUUUCACUUAUUCCUACACGCAUUCACGUUGAAACUUUCUUCUUCCAAUUAAAACUCCAACCUCCAAUCUUUUGAAACAUUAUUAUGCCGCGUUGAUAUAAUUUCUGCUAUGCUUAUACAAACAACAAUCUCUUGAACUCCUCUUUUUUCUCUUUGUUUCUUCUGAGCUGAAAAUGAAUUAUUAUUCUCAUCUCAUCAGUGUAUUUACCAUUAUUCUUGCUUCUUCCUCUGUUUCAAUUCUUGCACAACAGCCUUACAUUGGAAAGGGAACAAACGUCUGCAGCAGCCAAGAUAACUCCAAUUCUGCUUUUGGGUACUUUUGUAAUGGCGUUAACCGCAGCUGCCAAUCUUAUUUGACCUUUAGAUCUCAACCCCCUUUCACUUCAGUGGCCUCAAUCUCUUCUCUACUUGGUGCUGACCCUUUGGAGCUUUCUCAGCUCAAUUCAGUUGCUCAAAAUGCCACCUUUGACACAAACCAAAUGGUUCUUGUUCCUGUCACGUGUUCUUGUGCAGGUCAGUAUUAUCAGGCAAACACAUCUUAUGCCAUAAAAAAGGAUGAUACUUUCUUAACCAUUGCAAAUAAUACCCUAGAAGGCUUGUCUACUUGCCAUGCUAUCAACGCUGAGAACAAAGAACAAGCUACUAAUCUGGUUCUUGGUUCAAGAAUUAAUGUUCCUCUUCGAUGUGCUUGUCCAACAAAGAAUCAAACUGAUGAUGGUACAAAAUAUCUGCUUAGUUACUUGGUUACUUUUGGAGAAUUUGUUUCCCUCAUUAGUGAUAAAUUUGGGGUGGACACUAGAGCAACACUUGCUGCUAAUGGACUAUCAGAAAAUGAUGCUACUAUUUUUCCAUUCACUACUCUAUUAGUUCCUCUUUUGAACCCACCUGUGAGUUCCCAAGUUGUAGGAAAUUCUCCACCGCCGCCUCCUCCAUCAGCACCAACACCACCUGCUGUUCCUGUAUCAAAUAAUGGCUCAAAGAAGACUUGGAUAUAUGUUGUGGUUGGUGUUGUUGGAGGAGUCGUCGCUUUGUCUCUUUUGGGGGUGGUUAUUUUCUUCUUCUUCUUUAGGAAAAGGCAAAAGAAAGCUGAUCCACAGUUUGUUUCUGAAAGUUUUGAAUCAGUUGAGAAACCAUUAAAUAAGAAAGUUGAAGAUGAGUCUGAGGAGUUCUUGGAAAGUUUAUCCAGUAUAGCUCAAUCUGUUAAGAUUUACAAAUUUGAAGAGAUCAAAACAGCCACAGAAAACUUCAGUCCUACAUGUUUGAUUAAAGGAUCUGUUUAUCGGGGCACGAUCAAUGGUGAUUUUGCUGCUAUAAAGAAAAUGAGUGGUGAUGUAUCCAAGGAAAUUAAUUUGCUGAGCAAAAUCAACCAUUUUAAUCUUAUUAGCCUCUCAGGAAUUUGUUUUCAAGAUGGCCACUGGUAUCUUGUUUAUGAAUAUGCUGCCAAUGGACCAUUAACUGAUUGGAUAUGCCACCAGAAUAGUGAUCAGAAGUCUCUUAAUUGGACACAAAGAGUACAGAUUUCUCUUGAUGUGGCCACAGGGCUUAACUAUUUGCAUAGCUACACAUCCCCUCCUCAUGUUCACAAGGAUCUAAACGGUAGUAAUAUUCUUCUGGAUGGCGAUUUAAGAGCCAAGAUUGCUAAUUUUGGUCUAGCAAGGUCAGCGGAUGGAGAAGAAGGUGAGUUUGCCUUGACAAGGCACAUAGUUGGGACCCAAGGUUACAUGGCUCCUGAGUAUUUGGAGAAUGGUCUAGUCUCCCCAAAGCUGGAUGUUUAUGCAUUUGGAGUUCUGUUGCUGGAAAUUCUCACUGGAAACGAAGUUUCUGUUCUAUAUGAAGGCUCGAGUACAAACUUGACUGAUGUGUUGAUCCCUGUGCUUCAUGAUGAAAAUACUAAGGAGAAUCUGAGCAACUUCAUUGAUCUUUCUCUGCAAGGGAAGUACCCUGCGGAACUUGCCAUUGCCAUAGUCAGAUUGAUCGAUAACUGCAUAAAGAAAGAUCCUUCUCAUCGCCCUGGUAUGGAUGAGAUUGUCCAAUCUCUUUCAAGAAUUAUGACAGCGACACACUCUUGGGAAUUGUCAUUUAGCAUUUCAGUAUCACCACAAAGAUUGCCCUAAGCCUAGAUCAAUGAGUGUAAGCUUUAUUUAUUUAUUUUUUUUUUUUUGGGUUUCCCUCCUCCCACGUCUAGCACGAUAUGCUAUGUGCAUAAUGUUAUUACCUUAUUGAUGGAUUUUGAAGAGCUAUUGCACCAAUUACCCUACAUAAAUAUCAGUUUAACAUUUCAAUCAA